UUUCAUCUAUUGUUUGCAGGAUAAUUUGGCUAUGGAUUCUGAUUGCGAAUCUGAAAGGUUGUAUUUUGGAAGAACCAGACAUCCCCACUGCAAAACGUGCGUCUGUCCCCAAGAAGUUAAGCUGAAGAGCAAGGUCGUUGUUCAAACUCGUCCACGCAGGACACCACCUCUCCUGCCGAAAAAAUGCUGUUGCGACUGCCACUGUCCACUGGAGGAGGAUAAUUGGAAGACGAAGCAAGAAGUUCGCACAUUGUAUCACGAAGCCAAAACUUCUCCAACUCGAUUAGAGAGACGAGUCCACUCAGACCACAAAUACACACUUUUGGAGAACUGGUUCAAACGAUUUGACUUCGAUGGCAACGGGCUCAUUGAUUUGUUCGAGCUGCGAACGAUGCUGAACUUUCUGGGCGUUAGCGUUGGAGAAGAGUACUGCAAGCGACUACUGGACAGGGCUGAUAGAGAUCGAGACGGAAGUCUGACAUUUCCAGAGUUCCUGCUAAUGUGGCGUGAAGCACAGGAUGAGGACGAAUUGAUUGAAGUUAUUAGAGAGCAUGAUCUGUACCCGGAUGUUGUCAAAAUCGAUUAUUUUCGGAAACAACGACCGGAGACUCAGGUGACAGAAACUGUAAAGCGCAGCUAUGGUCGAAACCACCAUCACCACCACCAUUGCUCCUGCGGAUGUCAGCAGACGACGACGACGAAAACUUAUCGCAAAAGCCCGAAGGAAGAGAGUGUAGAGUACAAAACAAAAGUAGCCCACAGAUCGAUAGAGAGACUGCCGGUUUUCUCAUGUUACAGAUAA